GCGCCCCACGCAGGGUGCCCGGCGCCCCGCAGCGGCAGGGCAGGUCGCGCAGCCUCCGCCGAGCCCGGGAAGCGCUCGGACGAAGAGGAGGAGCCAGGGGCACCGAGCGGGUGGAGUCGGGAGCACGAGAGCGGUGGAGGCGGAUUUCCUGGGCCCGGCUCGGUGGGGCUACUAUGGCGUUUGGGAAGAGUCACCGGGAUCCCUAUGCGACCUCCGUGGGCCACCUCAUAGAAAAGGCUACAUUUGCUGGAGUUCAGACUGAAGAUUGGGGCCAGUUUAUGCACAUCUGUGACAUAAUUAACACUACCCACGAUGGGCCAAAAGAUGCAGUAAAAGCUUUGAAGAAAAGGAUUUCCAAAAACUACAAUCAUAAAGAAAUCCAGCUUACCUUGUCACUUAUUGACAUGUGCAUGCAGAACUGUGGUCCAAGUUUCCAGUCUCUGAUUGUGAAGAAGGAAUUCGUUAAAGAUAGUCUGGUUAAGCUGCUGAACCCCAGAUACACCUUGCCCUUAGACAUUCAGAAUAGAAUCUUGAAUUUCAUUAAGACUUGGUCACAAGGUUUCCCAGGAGGUGUGGAUGUAAGUGAAGUGAAAGAAGUGUACCUUGACCUUCUUAAGAAAGGUGUUCAGUUUCCUCCCUCAGAUGCAGAGGCUGAAACAGCAAGACAAGAGACCGCUCACAUCUCGAACCCGCCAUCAUCUGUUCCAUCCGCACCAGUUCUUCCUACUGUGAUUGUUCCCAAGAGCUCUACUAUUACAUUGGUCCCAGAACAGAUUGGAAAGUUGCACAGUGAAUUGGAUAUGGCAAAAAUGAAUGUGAGAGUGAUGUCUGCCAUACUGAUGGAGAACAUUCCUGGGUCUGAAGACCGUGAAGACAUAGAGCUUCUGCAGAAGCUUUAUAAGACAUGUCGGGAGAUGCAGGAGAGGAUCAUGGACCUGCUUGUGGUGGUGGAGAAUGAAGACGUAACCAUUGAGCUAAUUCAAGUGAAUGAGGAUUUGAAUAAUGCCAUCCUUGGAUGUGAGAGAUUUACUCGGAACCAACAAAGGAUUUUGGAGCAAAACAGGAACCAGAGGGAAGAUGCCAAUACUACCAGUGAACCUUCUGCCCCAUCCUGUGAUCUCUUCGACCCAAGGCUCAGCCCUCCAAUGCCGAGGACCACUCUGGGAGAACUCAACACCGUGAAUGCUCAGCUUUCAGACUUAAAUUUCAGGUCUCCGAGUCCUGUUGUAACAAACAACUUGAAACCCAGUCUUCAUCCACAGGUGGAUUUGCUAGCCUGGGAAGAUACAGAAACACCCCUGUUUGCCCAAAGGACCGGCCAAAACAUCACCGCAAACCAUACAUAUGAGAGCUUUCCAGAAUAUUCAAAUUCAGUACUACUACAGCCAGUUAAUGUGCAGAACGUUCCAGCAACACCAUCAAGCCAGAGACUGCCAUCCUUGCCCAUCAGUCACCCAGCAAUGGCAGAGAAUGAUCUCCAACCACCCAAUUACUACGAGGUAAUGGAGUUUGAUCCCUUGGCUCCUGUUGUCACUACAGAAGCUGUUUAUGAAGAAAUUGAUGUUCAUCACCAGAAAGGAGCCCAAAGUCACAGUGACUGUUGAGGUUGUGAGUCUCUCGUUAUCCAGGAAUGGAGAAAGAGAAGGAAAGGCUGAAGGCCGGCUGUCUUCUUCUUACACUAGGUGGAAGUGGGUGACCAGCUCACUAACUGCAUUUAGAGGUGUCACCUCUCCUAUGCAGCUUGGAGGCCCAGAAGACCAGACCUACCAGCACAUCAGAACCAUGGUGGAACAGUUCUCCUCUGCAGUAACAGAAGAGUAACAGUUCCAGAGUAACAUUUAUAUUUCCUGACCACAGCUUAAGCUUUAUUUUGAAACAACUUGGUUAUAACGUAUAUUCACUUGAAACUUCAGAAGAAAAAUUCACUGUACCUAGGCCAGCGGGUUUAAUUAUAACAUCUUAGGCUUCACAGGCCUUCCUACAUUUAGAAAAGAAAUCCUCACACUGCUGUGAUAAGAGUAGAUGAAGAUUAUUUUAUUACAAAAUAAUUAUGUAAACUAUUGAGUGCCUUCAUUUAAAGUUGAAUGUAAAAGUCAAUUUUUACUUUUUUUUUUUUUUUAAUAAAGAAUACUUGUUUAGAAUUAGGACUUGUAAAAGCCUUGAUGAUUGUAGUUUAUAUUUCAGGUACUGUGAAGAGGUCACUGGACUCUGUAUCAAGUUGCCUUUAAAUAUGGUUCUUUAUAAUACUAAAUGAUCUUUUUCUCCCCUUUUUACUGCAAUUAAUAUUUCUAUUUGAAACAAACGCUACUGAAAACAUUCAGAAUAUAUUGUACGUUUAUGUCAUAAAUUACAAUGAUAAAAAAAUUACCAUUAAAACAAUUUAAUACA